UUAUUGCUCCAGGCUGGGAGCCUGAGUGAGGGGGCUCUCACAUGAUUGCAGCUUAUGACUUACUUGUGAAUAAGGAAACUACUGAACUUCCCAGCUGCUCUUUUUCAGAGCAGUUUCCCUGCAGAAGGAAAACAAAGUUCUGUGCGAUCAAAUGCACAUAUUAUUGAUGACACUUUUUCUUUCGUGGCUCUUCCUUUUGAUUUUAGCCAGUGGCUGCAUGCAGCCAGGAGAAGGUUUAUAUUAGUAUCUUUUAAAAGCGAGGAACAUGGAUGUUUGUCUGCAACUCUUCUGCUGUUGCUGCAGACAAGAGGAGCCAGAAAAAAAUCCACUCAUCAGGAGUGAGACGCUCCAGUACUUCAACCAGCUGGUGAAGCGCAAACGGGCUGAGGCCACCAACCUGUGGAACGAGCCCGUGGAUGCCACCCACAUGGAGCGGGAUGAUGACCGGGAGCUCUACAACCUGCUGCAGAAGCGGGCCAAGCUUCGCCGGGGGUCAGAGGGGUACCGGCGCCUGAGCUUUGACAUCAGUGCCCACCGGCAGAUCCGCCGCGAGGUGAAGGACCGGUGGAAGCACAUCCUGGAGGCCUUAGGGUUCAGCGCCGAGGCAGAUGGCCUGCUCACCGUCACCUCCACCAUGUCCUACAGCUCCCUGCGUCACCCACAGCAAGCCCGUGCCCUGCUCACCACACUGGCCACAGAGACCAGCCUCUUUGACCGCCACUGCAGCCCCCCGGAGAGAUACCUCUUUGUCCUGGACCGGCUCGUUGUCCUCGACGUUGGUGAUGACUUUCUCUCUGCGGCCCGGCGCUAUUACCCACUGGAGGAAGACGAGGCCCCACACAGUGAGGAGGAGCCCCUCAGUGAGGAGGCCAUCUUGGUGACGCUAAGCCCAGGGCCUGAGCUGCCCAAGGAGGUGGAGGAGGAAGAAGAGGAGGAGGAGGAGAUGGCUGAGGAGGUGGAUGAAGACACCCUGCUGGCCACGCUGAUGGAGUGAGGCCUGUGUGUGGGCAGCAGUGGGCAUUAUGGCUGAGGCUGAGAGCUGUCACCUCAGAUCCUACUGUGGCAGGGUGCCCGGCAAGGAGUGGUGAGUGCCCCUCCAGCUGCAAAGGGGCCAGAUGGCAGCUCAGACCCUCUCCUGCCCUCUCCCCAUGCACAGAUUCCCCCCGCACAAUGAUCCCCCCUCCCAGCCCUGCAGAUCCCAAUUUUGUGGUUGUCAGUCAGCAGGUGCUGGGGGGGAGGGAGGGAAGAGCAUGACCACCUUGCACUUUCCCAUCCUGCUAAAUUGGAGAGUGGGAGAGCUCCUUGGAAACUGGGAGGUGGUUGCCCAGGGUGCUUGUUGGUUGGAGAAGGUUAGGAUCUCCCCACCCAGCCUUCCUCCAGCACAGCCAAACCCAUCAAAAAAUUCAGUGCAACAGGUUCACUGCUGGCCCCUGCUAGCACUGAAAUGCAGCUACUUCUGGGGUGGAAUGAGCCAGCUGGCUGUCAAUAGCUGUUUUGGAAGUGAAGAACAUCUUAGCCAGGGUGCAGCAGUGACCGGAUAAAAGCUUUGAACCUUC